UGUUAUUGCUCGCCUGGUAUCUGCUCUUCCUUAUCCGCGGCCCUGCGCCGGCCGAUAAGUGGGCCCAGGCGGACUCGACAACAUAUGUAUAUCAGUGAAGGAAGGCAACGAUCUGCUGCGGACGCUGAGUGCCACGACAUUUUGGUUUUAGGGCACGUACAUAUAGAAACGGUCUGAAAGGACUUAAACCUCGACCGCUAGAUCAGCCGUGUCCCUGUGGGGGAAAUCUUCGAGACCGGCAUCAUCAAGAUGACGAUCAAGGUGGCUGUAGUCGGAGCCGGCAUCAUUGGCAUGACAACGGCUGUCAGGACACUGGAGACCGUCGCCCACGUCAGUGUCACCGUCAUCGCGGAACACUUUACGCCGCACACCACCGGAGACGUGGCAGCAGGAUUCUUUAAGCCUUACUCUGUCAGCGGUGUCUCUGACGAGAAGCUCAGAGACUGGUGCAUAGAAUCCUACAACUUUUACAAUCAGCUCCUACACUCGGAAGAUGCACCUCGACUUGGUUUGGCCGAGAUGCCAGCCUAUCACCUGGAAGAAAGCUGGAACCCAAGACCAAAGUAUGCUGACGCUUUUCCGCUGUGGCGUGACCUCACGGAAAAGGAACUGGAAGCAUUUCCGAGCAAAUACAAGUACGGCUCUUACCUGAUCUCAAUGAUAAUUGAGUGUAAAAGGUUCCUGCCUUAUCUAAUGCAAAGAUUCCAGAAGAGGGGAGGCCGCUUCCUUGAACGAAGACUGGAGAAUCUCGAAGAGCUUGGCCUUGAAUAUGAUGUAGUCAUGAACUGCACUGGACUUGGAGCUUCGAGGAUUUGUCCAGACACGAAGGUUCAUCCUGUUCGCGGACAAACAAUCAGGGUUCAAGCACCUUGGAUCAAACAUAUCGUGAUUGGAGGGACGGAUUUCCACGUAAUCCCAAACAUAGAUGACGUCAUGCUGGGAGGCACAAUUGGUGUUGGGGAAUAUUCUUUGAUCCCUGACUCUGAAACCGGAAAGAAGAUAUGGAAAGGUUGCUGCGAACUGGUGCCAAGCUUGAAGCAUGCCAAUAUUAUUGGAGACUUCGUUGGACUUCGACCGGGAAGGGACCCGCUGCGGAUUGAACGCGAGAACCGUAUUGUCCAGGACGGCAGUAAAACGGUAAGAAGUUCACUCCGCCAUAUUUCACCGCUAAACCUAGGGCGGAAUGGCCAAAAGUAGGCACGAGCUGGCAUA